CCGCAAGGUGCCAGCAUCACGGCCUGGGGAACUGAAUGUCCGCUGCUUUGGUACCAUGUGCUGCUACUUGCUGGGAGAGGAUGCCAUUUGCUGACGAUGGCAGUCAUGAUGCAGUUGAUGCCAUUGGGGCUUUGGACAGUCUUGGCUUCGGUGCCUACCGCCAGGAUGCUGAGGCAGUGCUCAAGGACUGCAAAGCAGUGGCAGCCAAGCGUCGUCGUCAAAGUACACGCCUGGAGAACCUGGGCAUCCCUGAAGAAGAGCUGCUGCGACAGCAGCAAGAGCUUUUUGCACAGGCGCGGCAACAGCAAGCCGAGUUGGCCCAGCAAGAGUGGACACAGAUGCAGCUGGUGGCGCAGCAACAGCUUCAGUUGCAGCAGAGCCAAGUCGAGGAUGACGACGAGUACUGAAAAGGAGGGGGUGGUGUUGGUAGCACUGUUUUGUUUGACAGGCCUUCAGUCUAGGUACUCGUAUGCAACUAAGGUAUUUUCGGACAUUGCAAAAGCCUUUUGUCUUAAAUACUUUGGCUGGUUAGCACAAUUUGUAUUAAGCAUUCUCGAGAGAGAGUUCGUGUGUGAUGCACUCAUUAAAGAGACCGACAACUGCCCACAACAUGAAAUAAGAUGACUGCACGAGUGGAAAGAUUUUCCCUUUUAGUGACUCAAACCAACCCUGUUUUUUCCGUGAGAAGUGGGUUUUUAUUUUUAUUUCUUCAAUCAAUAUCGUGAAAAAUGGCCUGUGGCGUCUCUGGUGGCAAAAACAUUAACUAUCAUGAAUGCCCUGUCACGUGACCAUGCGUUAAUGUACACGGUCAACAAUUUAUUGAUUAGUGCUGAAAUAUUGUUUGAUUCUUUAUAGCAAAACUUAUUUUAAAAAAGUAAAUGUAUAAGCUUGCAUUAGUGGUACGCGUUAAAGUGGCGCUGCCUUUGCAUGACACAUGUGCAGUUCCGUUUUCGAUUACUUGGCUUGGCGAUGCGGUGAAAAUGCAAGGAAGCUCUAUAGAGGCACACUGUCUCAUUUUAAUGACUUGUUGCUUUCAAAAAUAGUUCUAAAGUGCAGAAUAAACGUCUUUAAGCAUAGUUCCAGGAAAUCCUGCAAAUGAAAUAAGAACAGCAUGCAUAAGCCACCAGAAAGGCUACCGGCAUCGCUAUCAAUACUCAGCGUUACCAAAUGAAAAGGCACUACCAUGUUCAGAGCCUUUCUGAUCGAAACAUACUGCUUAUAAAAUGACUAUGAGCUCUUGGGAAUAAUUACUGCAGCUACAAUCACUGCAAAGGGUAAGCUUUCUGUAGCGCAGGAAAAAACUGGAUCGAAAAAAGUCACUUGUCGGUCACUUUAAAAAAAAUUUACAUGCACACUGUACUACUCGAGUGUUUUAAUGGAGCACAUCACUGGACUCUGGCAUCACCUUAGGUGCUCUUGCAAGGAUCUUUACAUUCCUUGCGCUGAAGCACAGUGGUGAAAAAUGUUUUAUAGUUCAUUUUUCGGAGUGCCCAUGCCUGUGGGCUGCUGUACAGGCCAAUGGAAUGCAUAUUGAUUUUUUUUUGUCCUUGUUUCAAAACACUUUUGCUGUAAAUGAUGAAAUAGCUCUGUAUUAGUGCUGUAUUGAUUUUGUUUUUUUAUUUACAGUGGCUUAGUAGCAUGGAUGUAUUGUAUGUGAUUUGUUGUCACAUGAAUAUUUUCGACGCACAAUUUCUCUUAUGUUGGUUUAAUGUACUUGCUAAAAAUUGUUUUUGAGUUGCACGAAUAAUAAAAUAGCGGCUUUCUACUUUUCGAAGAGUGCUUGCUGGAUUUUUGCAUUUGCUGCUAUGCUUUAUCACUUGCAGUGACAGUUUGUGAUGAGCAAUGUGCCACAAAUGAUAAUGUUUUGUUUGCCACAAGCUGCGCACAUUUGUAAUAAAGACUAUUUUAGUGUACUUGAA